AUGGCAACUCAGGAGCAAGAGCUGGCAAGGCCAAGUGAUCAAGAAAUCUUGGACUUUGAAAAGAUUGCCAAAGCUGAUGAAUUAAGUAAACCUCUCGUCUCGGAAAUCAUGGACUUUACGACCCUCCAACACGAAUAUGCUGGUGGAUCUGCCAUAUUUCAGCGAAAAAUACAGUCAGUUAUCAAAGAAUGUCGAGGGAUGAGAGCCAUCAAGAAGGAUGGUAACUGCUUUUACAGAGGAUUUGGUUUCCGAUUGGCUGAACUCGUAUGGGAACAGGCCAAUACGCUAUGGGCUGAUACUAUACUGACGCGUGCCAUGUCAACCAAGGAGUUGUUGCUCUCACAGGGAUACGACCUAUACGCAAUCGAAGACUUUUACGACAUGUUUAUAAACACCUUCAAACCCCAAAAGGACAAGAACCUGCUCGACCUCUUCACCGAAAAGUACGACGGAGAAGCAAUCGUAUGCUAUCUGCGUCUUGUCACAGCCGCAAUCCUGAAACGAGAUCGAGACAUGUAUGAGGCAUUCAUACUAGACUCGUAUCCGUCAAUUGAUAUAUUCAUCUCGAAUCAGGUCGAGCCAAUGGCAGUCGAAUCAGAUAAUAUCCACAUCGUGGCAAUGUCGAGUGCAUUGGGUGUGAAUAUAAAAGUUGCGAAUCUAGAUUUGGCGGAAACGAGUGGUGGGGAUAUCAACUAUCACGAGUUCUCGCCUAUGGAUCCUGUGGAUAUACCGAAUCAGCCAGAGGUUGUCCUCAUGUAUCGGCCGGGCCAUUAUGAUGUUAUUUACCCAAAUGUCAAGACUUGA